UAUUGUGAUUUCAUCCAGUAUGUUAAUAUUCAUCUUGGUUUAUGAUUGAUCUAUGAUAUGAAAAAUUUAUGCAGGUAAUGUGUCAGAACCAAUUAGACCUAAAGACAACACUGUAAGAGUGGACCCAUCUGAUAACUUCAAAAAAUAUAGAGGAGGCUUUAACAUCACCAACAAGCAUUAUUGGAGUUCAGUUGUUUUCACAGGAGUAUAUGGAUAUGCAAUUGGGGUGCUAUGGCUUUUGUGUGGAAUUCUAUGUGGACUUUUCUUCUUAAUAAUAAAUUGUUGUUGCCAAAGUUUUGGUGGAAACAAGGGUUGUGAUCUUUUACCAAUUCCUCUGGCCAUUUUGCUACUCAUAAUAGCUAUGGCUGCAAGUGGGUUAGUUCUUGCUGGAAGUGCAAAAUUCCGUUGUCAUGCAAGUAGUUCAGUUAAUGUUGUAAUCAAUACAGCAGAUAAGGCAUCAGGUAUUAUAUUCAAUAUAACAGGAGCAUUGAAAGGCAUCCCAACUGAAUUGGUGGAUGCUGAUAUUGCUUCAAAGCUUAACACCACAUCUCAGAGAUUUGACACUGCUGCUCAAAAUAUCACACAAGAAGCUGCCAAGAAUAGGCACAUCAUCAACAUGGCUUUAAAAGCAUUGUUUAUUUUUAGCAUUGUGACUGUAAGCUUGAACUUGGUUUUUGUAAUAUCCAUGUCAGUUUUUGGAGUACUAAGAGUUUGGAAGGCACUUUACCUAUUUGUUGUGUUGUGCUGGUUGCUGACAGUGAUAUGCUGGAUACUCUUUGGAGUUUAUUUCUUCUUAGAAAAAUUUUCUGAUGAUACAUGCAAUGCUCUAUACAAUUUUCAAGAAAAUCCCUACAACAACAGCUUAAGUUCCAUGAUACCCUGUGAUGAAUUGCUCUCAGCAAAACCAAUUGUAUCUGAGUUUAGUUCAGGAAUCUUCAACCUUGUCAAUGAGGUGAAUGGAGGCCUAUCAAAAUAUCAGGGAGCACUCUUACCAAAUCUACCAAAUAUAUGCAAUCCUUUUUCAGCACCACCUGAUUUUUUAUAUCAGCCAUGGAACUGCUCACCUGAUUCUACUAAAAUAGGAGAUAUCCCUGAGGUAUUGAGGCCUUAUACUUGUUUUGGUGAUGAAGAUGCAAUCUGUGGCAAAGAAAAGUUCAUACCAGGAAGUGAAUAUGAGGUGAUUAAGGAAUACACAAGUUCAGUUCAGAAUCUAUUGGAUGUGUAUCCUAGCAUUGAAAGCUUGUUAGGAUGCCAAUUAGUGAAAGAUGCAUUCUCUCAAGUGCUUCAAAAACACUGCAAACAUUUGAAGAGAUUUAGUAAGGUGACUUGGGCAGCAAUGGUGUCUCUUGCAGCAACCAUGGUGCUUUUGGUUGUGUUAUGGACUAUGAAAGCUAAUUAUCAUGAGCAUAGUCAUCAACCUUAGCUUAAGAUGGUUCAUUACAUGUAACACAUUUUUACUAAUUAACCCUCACUAAUCAAGAUCAUUAAUCAAACAUUGUUUAGAAUUAACAAACAUUAACUGAAGAACAAAUUGGAUAUUUAGUACUUUGCAAGACAAGUCAAAGUCAACCAUGUUGGAUUGUCUUGCAAAGCCAUGAAAUGUCCAAUUUGACCUUAUAGAUCAGUAGUGUCACACAGCUUCUCAAGAAAACUGUAUAGGAAUGAGGUGCAGAGACUUGUACAUAGAGAAAUUGAGUUUUCUUUAUUCUUUUGGAAAUGGUAGACUUAAGGGGUGAUAGAUUUUUUUUACAAGAUUCUUACCCCAAAAAUUUCAGAUGUGUAAUAUGAGAAUCAUCAAACAAUA